AUGAGGACAGCUACGACGACGACGCUUUCGUUUUCAAACAAGUGUUUCCUUCUUGCUCAACUGAAGAAGCAACAGCGCUUUGAAUCGCCUCGUUUUCGUCUUGCCGUCUCUCUUCUUGUGUAUUUGGUAUUUCCUUUCAUCUCGUCCAUUUCCAACCUUUGGUCUACGACGAAUGGAUAGAUGGUCUUUUCUUCCCUUUUUUUCCUUUCAUCUCUUGUUUUUAUGUUCUCUUUUUUUUUUUUUCCCGGUACGCCGCUGUUUCAUGUCCGCAUUUUUUUGUCUGUCCGACACUUUUCUAGGCUGGUGCCAGAAAAAGCUGCUCGACGACCAAAAAGAAGCCCCACGUUCCUUACCAAACCAACUCUGGGAGUUGAGAAAAUGCGACACGAUACCCACACCACUGUUCUAUACAAGUGGCUUAACUCCCGUCCACUCCUUUAACGAAUCGUCAUGCUGUUUACGCCUCUAUCUUCUUGUCUGUCUUUUUCGUCUAUCACACAUUUUUUCCUGCUUUAUUUCUUCUUUAUACUUUACUUUGUUCAUGGGGCCUUUUCUUCGUUCAUUAUCUAUUUUCGUGGUUCAUUUCAUCGGGUGCAAUAAAAAGGGAAUACGGGCUUAGGAAACAUUUGCGAGAGAGAGAGAGAGAGAGAGAGAAUGAGAGAAAUCUUUUAAUGGGAUAUAUUUUUUUAAAUUCACGUUAUUUCUCUCAACUUCCUUCUAAUCUUACUCCUGUGAUAAACACGAGUGAGG